GGGGGGGGGGAAUGUUACUUGGAUAACAAGUUCAGUCUUAUUCUGUAACUCUUUGAAAAUGCACCUUGCCUGCCACGUGUCAGUCCUGCUCUGAGCAGUUUGGGGCCACACUUUGUAUUUUUGGUAGGGGUCAUACAGGGGGAAUGUCUGCUCCACUUGAGUUACACAUUUGUGACGUUUGUAUGUUGAGGAUGUGUUUCAGAGGCAGCUUUUGACCACUUAGUUAGGUUUCUACAAGGAAUCAGGGUUCCGUUGGUGAAGUAGCACAAAAGUCAGUGGAGUUAUGCUUAUUUUGCACCGAGGCUGUGUAACUCUCUCUUCCAAGACUUGUACAGGUUGCUUUUUUAAAUUAUUGGGAUAUAUAGUAGAACUCUGCUAAUUCACACAUAAUUUACACCAUAACCAUCCCUCUCCUUGGCAGCGGCUCAGUAGCAGAGACCGUUGUAGCGAAUUCUCAUGCUGUGAGGUAUUCCAUUCCCAACGUCUUUUACCAUCUUUGUUAGGAAGGCUGAGAUGUAUUCCUCACAUUGAGUACUUCUGCUUCCUACUGACCUCAGAGCUGAGAGCACUGCACACAGGUCCCAGAAUCAAGCUGUCUAGCAGCUCCUCUCACAUUCUGCCUUCCCUAACUGAAGGGUGCUGAAUCUAAUCCAGAGGAGGAGAUGGGGGAAGGGGGGAAAGCCCCUCUGAGCCUCACGUAAAAGCUGUUCACUAGGAAAGUUCUGUGCAUCAUUUGCUUGUUGAGCUUUUCUCCGAAUACAGACUGGAUCAGGAGUGGGGCGAGGGUUGGUCGUCUUGCUGAAAUGUGAAUUCUCUUCCAGCUGUUUUGAUGAAGGCCAGGAUGGCAGACGGGUGCCUGGGGCACCUCAUUUCCUCCACUUUGCCAUUCUGCUUUUCAGAACCUUUAGAGAUGAAAUUCCAGAUGCUUCCAAAUGCAGUGAUAGGCACAAAGAUACGAAGCGUGCUGUAGAGGAAGAAGUGGGACGGAACCACUUUGAACUCUGCCUUAAUAGAUGCCGCUAACUCUAGGCUUUGGGUUCCCUGGCCAGGAUUAACCGAGGUGAAACUUCCCCAAGUGCUUGGGAAUCCUGAUCAGUACCAGGUGCUGUACGAGAUAGGCUCCAAGGCCCAGGCCCACAGAGGUGUCUGGGUGUCCAAUUGAAACAUAGGGGUCCGAGUAGCCCAGGGUCUGAGUGCCUGCAUGCUUUCUUCACAAGAAGACCCCAGUGCUUUAGAGCACUUUGCUGGGCAGACGGCUGUGUUGCAGAGGACUGUCCUAUUCAUUUCACAUAUGGAAAGGCUGUAGGUGGGGCUGGCUUUACGGUGCCAUCUGCCAUGGGGUGUCUGUGUGAAGCGGGUGCUUGCUGGGGGGCUCUGGGGGGUGGGAAAGCCAAGAAGGGGAGAAAUGGAGCGUGGCACAGUUGGUCUGUUAGAAAAUAAAACGUCUUGAAGAGUGUUUGCCGUGUUUUUGUGCUUCUGCUUGUGUUGGGAGUUGGGGUUAUGGCCUCAGAGCUGUGAGGGGGAAGCUUUUGGAAGACGAGACCCUCCCGCCGCACCCCCCCCCCCCCCCUUUCAAUCCUGGCUUCGCGGUCUGCCAUGGCGGCUCGCGCCUUCUCCCAUUGGCUCUUCCUGAUGUGUGGGCGGGACUUGUGGCUACUUCUGCUCUGCGAUUGGCUGCGGCUGGGCCGGAAGGAAGCGUUUCCCAGUGCUUUGUCCCACGAGAAGGAAGAGCGCAGCUAGCUGCGGUACGGGACGUUGUCUGUGCUCCGGGCCGGCGCGUUAUGCAGGAGGGAUGGAGACCUCAGAGGAGGAGAACUUUGGUGUAGCCGUCUCCUCCCCAUCUGAUGCAGAGUUUGACGCUGUCGUUGGGUACCUGGAGGAUAUCAUCAUGGAUGAUGACUUCCAGUCCAUACAGAGGACUUUUAUGGAGAAGCACUACCAGGAGUUCGAUGACUCAGAAGAAAACAAGCUCAUCUACACUUCUAUUUUUAAUGAAUAUAUCUCCUUAAUAGAGAAAUACAUUGAAGAGAAAUUGCUCGAUCGGAUUCCUGGUUUUAAUAUGACUGCUUUCACAAUGUCUUUGCAACAGCACAAAGAUGAAAUGGCAGGCGAUAUUUUUGAUAUGCUCCUCACGUUUACUGACUUCCUGGCUUUCAAGGAAAUGUUCUUGGAUUACAGAGCUGAAAAAGAAGGUCGGAGUCUGGAUUUAAGUGGUGGAUUAGUGGUGACAUCACUAAACAAAUCAUCAGUCUCCUCCUCCUAGAACAGUUGGUGCACUGCUUUCCUUCUCCAGAUGAGUGCUACUGCUGUCAUUGGGACAUUAAAACACAAAAGGUCACGAGAAUCAAGGUGCUUUUAUGUGAUGAAAACUCUCUCUCAGACUAUGCCUUCAGAUUCCUGAAACUUGCUGGUAUUCAACGGCCACAGAAGAAGAAAACUUUAGUCCUCCUGGAGUAAUUGUAUUUUAAAUACACAGUAUUUGCACACCAUUCUAACUGUUACAGAGAAACUCAGUGUGCUGAGAGGACAAUAAAUAGACUGUAUGUGUUUUUAGGGGGUUGGCAUCUCAGCCAACGCCCCAGAAGGCAGAACUUUAAAGAAUCAAGAAGGCACUGCAAAAAGAGUGUCUGUCCAGCUCUCGGUCAGGUCUGAAUACAUACAUGCCUUUUUAAUCUGUAAUCUGAUAUUACACCUUUGUAACAGAAGCAUAUGUUUCCAUAUGUAGGUAUUUUAGCCUGAGGCUGCCUGUCUACUUGAUGAGGAUUGAUGUGUUAGUGUGCAAAUCUGUCUGCUCAUUGGCUUAGGUCAGUCUCAUCCUUAAGGUGCAAAGUUCUGAUUUGCUUUGAUUCAGGCCCCAGCUGUUCUACGCUGAGAAAAUAACUGAAAAAUCCAAAGCUGGACUACAUAUGCAGUUUCUUUCUGUUUGGCAGUGGCACAGAUGUAAGCUCGAGGGUACGUUGGGCACAGACCUGUUCACCACCGUGUCAUUUACUGCUCUAAAUAGCAUGCUGUACAAAAUGUGUGUUUGCUUUUAGCUGUAGGCAGUGUUAGUGAAGCAGCACGAGUGCUUGUAGUGGGGCUGUAGCCAUAAGCCUGCCACCAAACCCCAGCUGCUUCUGUCUUGACAGUUGGAAUUCAAACGUAUUUGGAGCCAUAGUGACCCUCUGCUCUAAUGCUGUCAGAUGUGUUAAUCUGCUGCUUAAUGACAUGCUCAGGCAAUACGUGUCUAAAAGCGUGAGAGCAGACAGAAGCAGGCUGCUGAUGCUGCAGAGCACUGAGUUUUCCCUGCCAGUGCAGCCAGUAGCUGUCACCCAGUGAGGACCCGGGCAGAGCAAAAGUACAGCCUGCUUUGCAGGGGGAAAGCCGCCUACCAGGACAAAGGAGGUGAAAUCCUGCUGCUGUUGGCUUCUGCCAGUCAUCUCAGCAGUGCUAGCGUUUGAUUGCUGAAAUGAAGUAGUUUAUUUGAGCAGCAGUGAGGACUCUGGGCCAUGCAGGCUUCUCCCUCAAGCAUGGUCAGCAUGCAGGGGUGGGAAGCAAACAGGGCGAUGCUCUGAGGUGGCUGUUACCAGAGGAAAACAGUAAGAACGUUGGGUAAUAGCUGCAUCUUGUUUGGAUUAGAGCUAUGUUCCCUUUUGAAUCCUGAGGUUAAAACUGGAGGUAUUGAAGACCUCAGGCUGCCAUUUAUACAUGGACAGGAGCUCUUUGGUUAACUCCUUCCCUCUGACUUUUUAAGGUUUUAUCAUAUUUUAAAAGAAACUCCAUUGAAAUGUUUUAGUUGUGAAUUGUUGAGCUAAAUUAAUUCUUAACUAAAACCAGAAUUUCCCUUUUUAAUUUUAACUGGAACAAAAUCCUUACUCUCCUGUUGCAAUUGCUCUGGAUAAUUAUGUGAAGUCAUGGCAGUAUGAGUGGAUACCCAGACAGUUACUUCCCAGAGGGAGGUGGUUGUGUUUUAAGCAAAGCCUAUUGUAACUUCAGAGUCCAGGUGGGGCACACAGUGUUGGGUGAGUUCACAUUUGGAUGGGAUUUAUAUCUCCGUUUACUGUCUACCGAAGGCACCGUUUCACAGGGGCGUGGUUCCUCACUUCUUGCUGUUGAUAGAUCUGUGCUGUUUUGCUUUAUUAACUCACAAAUUCACUGUUGAGCAUUUUCAGUUGAAUUUAUUUUGUGAAAUAAUUCAAGUAGCGUGUUGACUAGAUGUACUGGUUUGGUUGUGAGGUGGGGAUGUGGUUGACCUCUGUCUUAUUUGGCUGUGAACAAUCUCCAUGGGAGCAUUCAUGCUCUUUGUAAGCACUUGGGCGUGCUGAUACCAACUCACAGUUAAGUUUUGUUGUUGCUCCUUUUUUUUUUUUUUCAUUUCAAUUUUAGACCAUGAGAAUUUGCACCAAGGCUCCCCUGGUUUGAGUGGAGCUGCCUGGAUCAAACGCUGCCUGCUCUGCCCUGGCUGUUUUCUGUGGUUUGGUGUUCCUGGGAUAAUUGGUUUCUCUGUGACACACUGGGACUGGGCUCCGGUUCGGUGCCUUUUCCACCAGGCAAAGGUCUUUUUUAAGAGAUUAAAUUUCUAUAUGCGCUGGA